UACAUCUUGGACCUUACAAAAUUAUUUCGUUCACUGGUCGACUUUUCCAAGGCUUCAUUUACCUCGACAAAUUAAUAAUUUCGACUUUAAAAAAAUGGUAAAUUCAAUAGUUGAAGGAAAAACCGAGCCCAACUCGACAAAUUUGGAAAACUUCAAGUUUACCUUGCACGAUUGGUACACCAGCAAUUGUGCUAGACUCCAUUGUUCCGAAGCUCAACGUAAUUUGGCUCGUCUAAUCAUCGCGAAAUCCGACAAAGUAUGCGAACUCACAACCGAAGCGGUCAAAUCCAACCGAGACAAUACCAAUCACCAGUUGCAGCAAAGAAUAGAACACAUUGAAUUUUGCAAAGACGAGCUCGAGCGGUACCGCAACGUUUUACCCUUGGAAAUAGACACCCUUAAAGUUUACAGGGAACGCCUGACCAAUUCUCUGACUUCGUUGAGAAAAAAUGCUCUCGACAUUUGUCUAAAGUGCUUGCUGACUAGGGAGCACCGGUUGGGAGUAGAUUUGGCGAUCGACAAGGUGGAAACGGAGCUGCGCAAGGAGUGCGAAAUUAUCAAGUGCGCCGACAAAUUGAUGUCCAACACCUUGGACCAGACUCAAGAGCAAAUUCGUCGGCUGAAGGCUACAUUGUAUUUCAUCGACCACGACAUAGAAGACAAGGAAAAUAGUUUGCGCAUCGAUAGGCACAAUUUGACUCUCAAGGAAACCAGUCUUCAUCUCAGUAUUUACCAGGGAAAAUCUGCUUUGGAAUCUUCAGGCAUUAGCAUUGACGAAUGGAAAAUGCAAACGAGAAAAAACAUAGAUUCAUUGAAACAAGAUGUGGAGAUCGCCAAGAAAAUUCGUCCCCACAUCGAUCAAAUACUCCAGCAAGUGAUAACAAAAUUGAUUUAUCAAAAAAAUGCCACGGAUGAAGCUUUUAGGCGCAGAAUCGAAGAAACAAAGCUCACUAAAGACAAGCUGGAAGAACAGCACUCUGAGAUCAUGCAACAGGCUAACGAAAUGACGAGUAACAUAACGCGUUUGGAGAAAAAAAUUGCCGAGAAGGAGGGAUUCCUAGCACUGGCACACACGAGAUUGGGAAAUCGUUGCCAGAGGCCGGGCUUAGAACUGACUCGCGACGAAGUGGAAGAAAGCCUUGCAAAAGAAGUUUCUGAUUUGAGGGAGGUUGUCAUCUCGCAGCUUCAGCAAACGUUAUUCGAAGCUCAAGCGUCACUUCGUUUUCUGUUGAAGAUGCAAAUGCAAAUUGAAGAAGAAAUCAAUAUAAAAACAAACACACUAAAAAUCGAUGAAGUUCAUUGUAUGUCCAUGAGACAAAGCAUAGAUUAUCACGUUUUUUAA